AUGAUCUCGCUGAUCGACGAGCUGAAGAAGGUGCCCGAUUGUGCCGUCAACACGGCGCAAGUGAUCAGAUUCUACUAUGCGUUCGCGUUGAAUCGCCGCAACAAAAACAAAGAUCGUGACAAGGCCCUCGAAACAGUACUCCUCAUCGUCCAAGAAGCCGAGAAAGGGAAGGAUGGCAAGGACGGGAAGCAAGAACUGAGCCCGGACAUCAUCUGCCUGGCCGGCCGCAUCUACAAGGACAAAUUCAUCGCCAGUGGCUAUGAGGACAAGUCGAGUCUCGAUUCGGCCAUUGAAUGGUACCGCAAGGCUCCGAUUGAGAAGGACAAACAACAACCCCUCUUCUGGACCGAGCUCUUCAUGGAAGCCACCGACAGCGAGACGGCCGAAGUCCACUGCGCUCGUUUCCCGGUCCUCAUCCAGGAGCUCAAGCAAUUCUCGCCCUCGUUCCUGACGAUGAACCUCGGCGAGGGGUCGAUCAUCCUCUCGCACGUCCUCGAAAACUCGCAGCACAAGAAGCCGCCGCCUGGUAUCCACCGCUGGCACUUCACCGCCCCAAACAUCAAGGCCGUGUCGAAGAGCAAGCGAGAUGACCGUAGCAUGUUUCUCUACGUACACGAGAACUCGGACGAUUUCAACCUCGUCUUCCCCUCUGCGCCGCAUUGCACGAAGGUUAUCGCUGCCCUCGAAGAAAUGAUGCAGGGAGCGGACAAUAUGGGAAAAGUUCUCAACGACAUUGACUAUGACAAGAUGCAGUUCGAAUACGAGACGGACAAGCAGGGGAAUCGCGUGAAUCUCGGCAGCGGAACAUACGGUACCGUAUACGCGGCCCGCGACCUCACCACGCAACGCCAGAUUGUCGUCAAGGAGAUCGAAGUGAAAUUCGACGAGGAGGUGCAACCGUUGAUGGAAGAGAUCCAGCUCCACUCGACGUUGUGUCACAACAAUAUUGUACAGUAUCUGGGUUGUGAUCUGGUGAAACGCGACUUUGGCAACGACGUCUUCCUGAUCUUCAUGGAGCACGUCCCGGGAGGAUCACUCUCAAAUUUGUUGCGCCAAAAAUGGGGAGCACUCAACGAGCCGCCGAUGGUCCUUUAUGGAAAGCAGAUCCUCGGAGGACUCAAAUACCUCCACGAGCAAAAAAUUGUCCAUCGCGACAUUAAAGGAGAUAACGUGCUCGUGAACACGUACAGCGGAGUCUGCAAGAUUUCUGAUUUCGGAACGUGCAAACGACUCGCUGGCCUCAACCCGAAUACAGCGUCUUUUACGGGCACCCUGGUCUACAUGGCGCCCGAGGUGAUCGAUCACGGACAGCGCGGAUACGGUGCCCCGGCCGAUAUCUGGAGUUUUGGCUGCACCAUGGUCGAGAUGGCCACCGGGAAACCGCCUUUCUUGGAGCUCCUAUCACCUGAAGCUGCCUUGUUCCGUGUCGGCAUGUUCAAAUGCCACCCACCGAUCCCCGAGGAGAAACUGACAGAGAAAUGUGUCCAGUUUAUCAAGAGUUGUUUCGACCCCGACCCAACCGCUCGCCCCACAGCCGCCAAGCUCAUCGAGGACAUUAAUGGGAUUGUGUCCUCAAGAAAUCGCAGCGGAUCCAUCACGAAGAAGCCGACGAUCGAGCCGUCGAAUCGGCAUAAAGGAGAAUUCGCACGCUCCACCUCGCACAUUGGCGGGAUGGGAAUCGAGAAAAAGGGCGAAGAUGGUCCCACCACGGAUGGGGCUACGGUGGCCGAGGGUGGACCCCUAAAGGGCCGCACCACUUCGGUCUCAAAAGAAGAGAAGCGUCUCCACCUCCGAAUCGACCACGCCAGAAACCGCACUUUCUCCGCUUCACCGGCCGACCCGCAGGCAGCGAUGACCAUCUCGCCGAACCCGAUGUUCCCCUUCAGCCAGCCGAACAGUCCAAUUUCUGAUGAAACACAGCAGCCGCAACUCGUCACCAGCCCCGGUUCGGUCCUUUCGACUCCGAUGAGCGUCGGCCAUCCACCGCUGCUGAAUCGUACGAUUGUCCACAUCUGGUUCAACCAGUUGAUGCAGAACGCAAAGUCGACCAUUUACGUCACGAGAAAUAUGCUUCGUACCCUGCUGGACGGGAUGCGCAAUUAUUUGCUGUCGAAGGACGUGCAGCCGAUUAAGGAUUGCCUCAAUGACCUCGAACGCUCCUCGACUACGAGCCGACGGCAAUUUCUCAGA